CCGGAGUCAAACGCAUCAAAGUCGUUCGCGCCAAACUAUAUUUUGUAAAACUAUUAUUUAACGUUCUCGCAUGUAAACCAUAAACCUUUCAUAUAGACUAAAGCAGAAUGGUCUGGAGUUUGUGCCCCCUGAUCUUCAGUCUGUGUACCGUCCCACUAGUUGACUCCCUGAAGUACCCUUUCCCUCGCUACCCAAAAGCCCGGGAUAACCUCACGGCGGUGGUUCUGGUGGCUGAUGGGUCCGAGGAACUGGAAGCGGUUUCUGUCGUAGAGCUUCUUCGGAGGGCUGGGAUCAGGACGACAGUCGCCGGUGUAGCUGGAGCGGAUCCGGUUACAUGCAAGUACGGCAUGGUGCUGACUCCUGACUGUAGUCUCGCCGAGGCUCUCACCAGAGGUCUCUACGACGCCGUCGUCAUCCCUGGGGGCGAGGAAGCGGCUAACUACAUGUCUCAGUCUGAAGAAGUUGGUCAACUACUUUUGAAUCACGAAAAAGAAGAAUGCUAUUUUGGAGCUCUGUCUGCGGGACCACUAGUGUUGAAUGCUCACAACAUCAAAUACCUGUGUAGACUGACCUCAGCCCCGGAGUACAUGGAGAAGCUACAUACACACUACUCAUACUAUAGCCAUGAAGACACUAUUGUUGACGUGUCAGCGCGAGUAGUGACGGGUCGCUACCCUGGGAGAGCCUUCGAGUUCGUCUUAUCUCUUAUCAACCACGUGGCUGACCUUGAGACAGCCAACAAAGUCUCCUAUGACAUCCUCCCCUACACUAUGGUCUAGACCGUCAACUAUCAGACACAUAGCUAGCUAGCCUUGAGACAGACAACAAAUACUCCUAUGACAUCCUCCCCUACACUAUGGUCUAGACC